AUGAGAAACUGUUUCAUGCAGCGUUGUGAUUUAAAACAUCGGGGCAAACCUAAGCGUGCGAUGUUCAAUAUACCGAAGGAUCCGGAAAAGUUUGAGCAGUGGCGCCAAGCGUUACCAAAGCACCGGCCACUAAGGAUGCACGAUCGUGUUUGUGAAAAACACUUCAAACCGUCCGACAUUGUGCGGGACUGGAUACACAAUAUCAACGGCAGGACAGAAGUACUUCCUCGAAGGAAACCCAGUCUGCGGUGUGGUGCGGUGCCUUAUUACGAAGAACCAUCGGAAGCUGUCGACGUGAAACGACGGAAAAUAGAGACCAAACGGGCCAAACAGGUCGCUCAGGAUGCUAAUAGCGCACAGGAUGAGACAACCUCAACGCGACAGGCCAAGCCAGUGUCGUGUGUAAGGGAUAAGUCGAUAACACGUUUACUUUCGGACGAUGGCAUAAUGAUCGUGGACAUCAGCGCUGAAAACAAAGAAACGGGAAAGCCUGAUAUGCCCAAGCCCGAGAGCUCGAAACUUGCCGAACUAAACCAUGCCGCAGUAUUUGAAGAACUGUACGAUAACAUUUUUGAAGUCGAACUACCAUCCAUCCUGUGGGGAUUGCAUCGUGAUCCCGAGCGAAAGUUUGUUGCAUUCACACGGCUUGACUGGCGCCCGGAUGAUGUUAAUUGUGCUGCUAAACACACGACUCUGCUCAUCGAAGACUCGCUACGGUUUCGAGUCUGGCACGAAAAGAAAACAUACCAUAAGCAGCAACAGUUUCCAUCGAUUAUUGUACCGACACCGGACUUUAAUAGUUAG